AUGCCGCAACGAAAAGGAAGAGGUAACUGGGGCAAGAACAAGGGCAAGAGUGGCCGUGGCGGCGGCAACAACUGGUCGACUGAGCGCAAAUCGUACGCCGAAGUGCCCAAGGUCAACGAGCAAUUCGAGAGACUGUACAAUGACAUGAGCAUUGUGCCCGAGGGCGAGGAGCGCGAACAGUUCUGGGCUGCGCUCCGUCGCGAGCUCCCCAACUCGUUCCGCUUCUGCGGCAGCAAAGGACAUGCGCUCGCCGUGCAAAAGAACCUGGACGAACACUUCAUCCCUCAGAUCAAGUCGAUGAAGUUUGACGACCAGACGGUCGAACCUCCCAUGCCCAUCACCUGGUACCCCAACCAGCUCGCCUACUACAUGACAACCCCCAAGAACGUCAUCCGCAAGUUCCCUCCCUUUGCCGCCUUCCAGAAGUUCCUCGUCUCCGAGACCGCCGUCGGCAACAUCAGUCGUCAAGAAGCCGUCUCCAUGAUCCCCCCGCUCCUUCUCGACGUGCAGUCGCACCACACCGUUCUCGAUCUGUGCGCCGCCCCCGGAAGCAAGAGUGCUCAAUUGGUUGAGAUGCUGCACGCUGGAGAAGAGUCGCGUAUUCGCAAGGCUACAAAGCAACACCAGGACGCCCAGGCCGACCCCGCUGGAGCUGCUGACGAGACUGUAGAGGGCAACGACUGGAGUGAUGAUGGCAGAGCUACUGGACUUUUGGUCGCAAACGAUGUCAACUACCAGCGCGCCCAGAUGUUGGUUCACCAGGUCAAGCGCUUGAACAGCCCCAACUUGAUUGUCACCAACCACGAUGCCACCAUGUUCCCUUCCAUCGAGCUCCCCGCGGACCCCGUUCCUGCGGGCACCAAGAAGCAGGGCAAAUGGCUGAAGUUUGACAGAAUUCUUGCCGACGUGCCUUGCUCUGGCGACGGUACUUGCAGAAAGAACCCCAAUAUCUGGAAGGAUUGGAUCCCUGGAAACGGUCUUGGCCUCUACAUUACUCAGGUCCGCAUUCUUGUUCGCGCCCUUCAGAUGCUCAAGGUUGGUGGUCGCGUCGUCUACUCGACUUGCUCCAUGAACCCCGUUGAGAACGAGGCUGUCAUUUCCAGCGCCAUCGACCGUUGUGGUGGUAUCGAGAAGGUCAACAUUGUCGAUGUCAGUGAUCAACUGCCAGAGCUCAAGCGUUACGCUGGUCUUAAGCAGUGGAAGAUCAUGGACAAGGAGGGUCGUCUCUGGAACUCCUGGGAGGAAGUCGAGGAUGCAAAGUCAAAGAAGUUCGAGGCUUCGCUUGAGCGUGUCGUUCCCGGCAUGUUCGCUACUGCUGGCCACGACCUUCCUCUUGACCGCUGUGUUCGCGUCUACCCUCACCAGCAGGAUACCGGUGGUUUCUUCAUCACCGUCCUCGAGAAGAAGUCUGAGAUCAGAGCCAAGCCCGAGACCGAGACCAAGGCUACCAACAACACUCCUUCUGUCGUUUCUAUCGCCAAGGAGAUUGUAGCCAAGCCCGAGUCCGACGGUGUCAUUCCUAAGCUCGAGACCAUUGAGGACUACGCUCCUAGAAGCACUGACCACACUGUCGAGACCGGAACCGCCUCUGCCGCUCAACGUCAGAACAAGGAAGCCAUUGCUGACAUCGACACCGCAUCUAACAAGCGCGGUCUCGAGGAUGUCGGCGAUUCUGCCGCUCAAGACAUCAAGAGAGCUAGAACAGAGAAGGAUGAGGGCGCCGGUCCUGGUGCCGUUGGUGAGGUUGGUCAGAUGGAACACUGGCCUAUGCCUCCUUCUGCACCUCUCAGACAUGACGAAGUCACUCCUGAUGAGCCUGCCGCUGCAGCAGCAGCCGGUGGAUCUCGCGGACGCCGUAACAACCAGCCUCACGAAGAGGCCUUCAAGUACCUCACCCCCGACCACGAGGAGCUUGAUGGCAUCUUCGACUUCUAUCAACUCUCCUCCCGCUUCCCUAGAGACCGUUUCAUGGUUCGCAACGCCCUCGGUAACCCCGUCAAGGCAAUCUACUACACCACCGCUCUUGCCAAGGAUAUCCUGACCAAGAACGAAGGUCGUGGUAUGAAGUUCGUGCACUCGGGUGUCAAGAUGUUCGUCAAGCAAGACGCCCAAGGUCAAGAUAUUUGCCGCUGGCGUCUGCAAAGCGAGGGUCUUCCUAUUGUUGAGGGCUGGGCCGGCGAGAACAGAAUAAUUCGCUGUUACAAGCAGCAGACUCUGCGUAAGCUUUUGAUCGAGAUGUUCCCUCGCGUUAGCGGAGAGCACUGGAAGGAGCUUGGCGAGAUUGGCGAGAAGGCCAAGGAUAUCGGUAUGGGAUGUUGUAUCCUCCGUGUCGAACCUUCUGAUCAAGAAGAUGGCUUCAAGGAGAGAUUGACACUACCCCUCUGGCGCAGCAUUUCUUCGCUCAACCUCAUGUUACCGAAGGAAGAGCGUCGUGCUAUGCUUCUCCGUCUCUUCAAGGACGAGUCCCCACUCAUCGACCACAGCCAGCAGCCUAACCGCAAGAACGGCCCCGCAGCAGACUCCACCGUCUCUGCCACCUCAGCGCCGGAGACCGUUAACGACAGCGACGGCGGUGUGGCAUUGAAUGACGUGGAUGACGAUAUGGAGGAUGCCGAUGCUACUGCUCCAGUAGGCGCUAGCGGUGUAGGCACUGAAGAGGACGCCAUGGCCACCGAGGAUGCCCUCAGGGCUAAGCAGCAGGAGAUUGUUGAUGUUGACCAAGCUGUCGCUGCGGCGCCGGAAAGGGAAGGCGAGACCGACGAGGCCAACACUACUGUUUAA